UUAGACAAGGAUAAUCUAAGGGUCAAAUCGCCAAAAAUAAAAUGUUUAGAACCAUGUUUCAUUAAAGUGUCAUCAUUUUUUGCGAAUGAAUUAGAUAGUUCUUUGAAUAUAUUUUAUAAUUUUUCUUUCAUCAUUCUGUGCUUUUUACGAUUGCUAGAAAGCAAUUAUUGCGACAAGUACAUGCACACUUAAAAUUUCUGUGAAUCGGUGGUACUUGCCAGUUUGUUUGGCCUUUGAACACAUUAGGAAUAUAACGAGUUAAUUUGAUCUUUGAUUCAUCGUGCAGGACAUUUAUAUUUUUAUUAGUUGUGAUUGUAAUUAUUGUUUUGUGACGUGGCAAUAGUGAACACAAGAAGAAAGCAGAAGAAAGACUUGUAUUAUCUUUGUAUGGAACAUUCAACAAUAAUAAGUACUUUUAUAAAAUGAUGUAUUAACUGUUGGACAUCAGAAAUUGUGAUACUAAUUUACUUGCCAAACAAUCAGGAUGAAUCCAGUGGAACAGUAUCAUUCAAGUGAGAGUGAUGAUGAUGAUCAUGAUGAAUUUGAGGAUGCAGAAGAUACUCCAAUUGAAAAUGAUAUGACUAUAGAUCGAGCUUUAGCUGAAUCGCAAAGAGCUAUCAAUUACUUUUUCAAUAACCAGUUCAACGAAGCCAAAGAUUUGAUGACUCCUUACUCAAAUUCGAGUAUGUACCAUUCCCUCGGGUACUCCAUAUUUUUGUUUAUGGAAGCUAUUCUCACAUUUGAACCAGAGGCAACUGUAGCAGCAUCAAAAGCUUUGAAAAAUUCACUGGGUGUUUGCAACAAAUCCAGAAGAAAGAACACCAUAGGAGAAUCUAUUGGAAAAAUUGUUAAACGUGCCCAUUUUGACCAGUAUACAGAAUUAGAGGCUCAUGCUGAGCUCUGCCAUGCAGAAAGUUUGUUGUUGAAAGCUAUGCUCACUUUCAUGGAGGAUGAAACACUUUCAAGUUUCAUCAAGGCUGGAUUGAAAAUAAGAUCUUGUUUCAAUUCAUAUAAGGACUGCCGCCAAAUUCUUUUGAAAAGAGAUUGGCACGGAGACAAUUCAAAAAACCAUUUUGAAAGUGGUGUAAGGAUGGGUGUGGGAGCUUUCAAUUUAAUGAUUUCAAUGUUACCCUCAAAAAUUGUCAAACUUCUGGAAUUCAUUGGAUUUUCUGGAAACAAACAAAAUGGUCUAAAUGAUCUUACUAUUGGAUGUAAGUUGAAUGGUUUAAGACAACUUAUGUGUAUAAUGACCAUGUUGGGAUAUAAUUUGGUGGUUUUGCCUGUCCUUAGUCAUAAGGAGGGAGACAUGGAAAUGUGUAAAGAAAUUAUCGAUGACCAGUUGAAGAAACAUCCAGAGAGUGUGUGGUUCCUAUUUUUCCAAGGCCGGGUAAAUUUAUUAUUUGGUGAACUACAAGCCAGUCAAGAGAUGUAUACAAGGUCAUGGAAAUCUCAGAAUAUAUGGCCACAAUUCCAUCACAUCUGCUAUUGGGAACUGGUGUGGGUGCAUUGUUUGAAAACAGAAUGGAGGGAAGCUCUGUAUUACUGUACACAGUUGAUUGAAAAAAGUAAGUGGUCUAGAAGCUUGUAUAGUUAUCAGAAAGCAGUUAUAAUGUGUGCUCUCAAAAAUGAGUUGACACAAUCCGAAUUGGAUGAAAUUAAUCAACUCAUGAGGGAUGUUCCUAAAUACAAGCAGCGAAUUGCUGGCAAAUCAUUGCCAAUGGAAAAAUUUGCAAUGAAAAGGGCAGCACGAUAUUUUAAUCAAAAUUGUAGCUUGGCUUUACCAGUAAUUGAACUAAUGUUUUUGUGGAACUUAUUUAAAAUAUUUAAAAAAAAAUCAGUUGGUACUGAAAUACUAAAAUUGAUUGAAAAAUCUCUUGCAGACAUUGAUUCUAACACAAAGCCAUCCAAAUAUGAUUAUGAUAAUAAAGCAUUAAUUUUACUUUUGCAAGGAUCAUGUCUCAGAAAUAUGGGUAGUCCUUUACUUGCAUUAGAAUGUUUAGAAUCUGUGAUAUCUAUGCAAAAAAAUUUGGUAGAAGAUCAUUUUAUUAUUCCAUAUGCAAUUCUUGAACUGGCUCUUGCCGAAUGGCAACAGGGUAAUAAGGAUAAGGCAAUUUUAGCUCUAGAAGAUGCCAAGAAAAACUACACGGGGUACUCUUUAGAGUCUAGAUUGCAUUUUAGAAUACAUACAUCAUUGAGCGAAUUUAAAGCAGAAAUGAAACUCUGUUAAUUGACUUUAUUAAAGGCAAAUUGUUGAGGUGUAUAGAAAAAGAUGAGUUGCCUAAAAUAUUUAAACGGCGAAAUACAUUUUUCGAAAUUCAUUGAAUGUUUUGUAAAAUUUAGUGCCCUUGCUAACUAACCCCUAUAGAGUUUGGUAGUCAUCGAGACUAAUGUAUGUUGUGGAAUAACAAAGUUAGGUGUAUCUUUUCUAGAGAUCAAUAUUUCUACAAGGAACAACAAAAUUAAUUUUCUCUCACACCCCACAAAAAACUAUAUUCUAUAAUAUCUAAUAAUAAAAAUAAUAGAAAUCUAUUUUUUGUAGUAGAAUGACUAUCUGGUGAUAUUGAUUAUAUCCUCUAUAUAUGGUAUUUUGGGAUAUCCUGGGAUAUGGUUGUUGAUAAAGUAGAAGAGAGUAGAAUACCUUUAUACAAAAAGUAGGAAAUAUAGUAACUGAAGAAUUAUCUCAAUAUUUCUUUACAAAUGGCAUAGUCAACCAGAUGACCAUCUGGUGAUAUUGAUUAUAUCCCCUAUAUAUGAUAUUUUGAGAUAUCCUAGGUCUUAGAGUAUCUCAAAAUACCAUAUAUUUAUAGGGGAUAUAAUCGAUAUCACUUGAUGGUAUUUUUCUACUACAUUUUUUAAUAAUUAAUUUGUUUCGUCGAAGGAAAUUGAUGUAUUUAUUGAUAAAAUAAACUAUAUUAAAUGAAAAUUUCAAUAUAUUUUAAUUAUAAUAAUUGUGAACGAAAUGUAGCUGUUCAAAAUAUUUAUUUAUAAUUAUCUCAACCUUAUCAGGAAAUAGGUACAAUUAAAUUGUUCUAUAUUGUAGAUUCUGUAGUAGAUUUUCAAAUGAAUGGUUAUUUAUUAUUUUACAGUUCAAAAUGUCAUGCUAUUUAAAUGGUUCGUUAAAAAUAUUGUUGCAAGAGUACCCUAAUUUAUUUUUCAUUAAAUUUAUAAUCAGCCUUUACUGCAUUAAAAAAGUUUUGAGUUAUAUGCGUAUAAACUAUUUGAGCUUUUUUAAUCUAAGAGCCUCCUCGAUAUUUUAAGUUUGUAGUAUUUUUAUAAUCUAUACAGGGCUACUCCAAUUGAAGAAGGAGAUCUUGUAAAUGGUAAGAGAUAUAAGGCAAAGUCGUCUGUUUCUCAGUUGUCUAUUGAAUGAUAACAAAAAAAAUCGACUCUAGCUCUAUUGAUUCCGAAGAUUUAGGGAAAAAUCGAAAAAUUUCAACUUUCAUUUCUAGCUGUAGCUUCUUAGCCACCCUCAAUUUUGGAGGGUGGCUGUUUUUAACAAUCAUUAUUUCAUUAACAAUAUUCAUAUAAUAUCAAGAUAUUUAAUUGGAUUCCCUAUUCUGAAGAGUUUAGAUAAAUUGAUGAUCAUACAAAUAAAUAAUUUUUUUACGGUCCUGAUGAUUAAAAAGAAACAGCUCAUUAUAAGGCCGUCACUUUUUAUAAUGAACUACUAGAAUCAUUCAACCAGCUAGGAAGUUAUACAUUACAAAAUGAAAAAGCCUCUUACUAGAUAAGUACUAUUAUAGUUUCUAAGAAUGUUUAGGUCAUAAUCUUUGAAAAGAAAACAUUGAAAUCUAGAUCUGUGAAUUUAUUUUUAUAUAAGUGAGUAUUAGUAAGUUUACAUAAGUGUAUACAAGUACACACAGGUGCAUAAAGAAUGGGAGCCUUGAAAUGUUAACAGAUUUUGGAUCUUCAGAAACUUGAAUUUUUAGUCUGAUUUUGAUCAUUUAAUUUUUCUAAUAUAUGGAACGAAAUUUAUCUCGGAUUACUUCACAUCGAACAAAUUUCCUAACAGGGCCCAAUUCAUACAUAUUACGCAAGAGAAAACAAAGUUAUGUUUCUGUCAUCUAUCAUUUGUAAUUCAUCACAUCCUGUGAUGAAAUACAACUUUUGAAUGACACUUGGAACCAUCCUGUAUGCAAGCUUGCUUCAUUCCCUAUACAUUUUUCAUUAAUAUUGAUAUCACGAUUCGUUUCAAAUUUAUGAAUCAUUGAAAGAGUUGUGCAUUUUCUCUGUGUAUUCUAAGAAAUCAUCAAGAUGCAAAUUCUAUUGUAUCCUAUGCAAAUCUUAUUGAGCAUAUCUGGAACUAUUGUAUACGUGUGAGAAGUAGAAAAUCUGGUUAAUGUGAAUUAAAGUGGGAUACAUUUUCUCCCAUUUAUUACAAAAAUCAUCAAAAUAAGGCUGAAAAUGAAAAAGUUGAUCAAUAUCAUAAUUUGCUUUAUUUCAAGGUGGCUUUUGUGUAUUUAUGCAAAGUUUAAUUUAUUUUAUUUCAAGUGACACAAUAUUUCACUGUGUUUAAGAAAAAUGAGCUGGUGUUGACUUUUGUCUAUAAAUAGAUUUCUCUUUCUCAAUUUGAAACGUAUAAAAAGUUCCUGGGGAAUUUUGAGUAUUAUUCGAAUAAGAAAAAAAUUUAUAUUGAAGAUUUCAACAGUGUCUUUGAAAUAAAGCGAGAAAUAAGUCGGAAUCUUCAUCACUGGUUUCUGGAUUAUACAACUUCUCUCAGUUUUCAAUUAGAAGAUUUGAAUUUCUUCCCAAAUCGAGGUCUUUUUCAUUCAAAUUCUGAAAGUUGUAUAAUGUGAGAAAACUUCACUGGCAAUAUUAGAGGUUUGUGACACUUCAUGUUUUAUCAAUUCAAAAGUGUAUGGUUAGUCAAAGAACUUUUUUGAGAAUCAGCUGUGGUAUAUAAAAUAUGUAUUGCUUCUAUUCAAGUAAUUAUUAAGACCUUGACAUUGUAGACUGAAAUAUUGCUACAAAAACUGAAAUUUCAAAAUCUUUGGAUGAUUUUAAGAAACAUUCUUCAUAUGAACAUAGGUCUACAACCGCUUUAUUUCUGGGCUACAAGAUGUUGGAAUUUAACAAAAAAAUACGUUCACCCCCUAAUAUCUAAUUGUCCACAUAUUUUCUCACAAAAAUGAUCCCUUGCCCAAAUGAAAAGUUAAUUUACAUCCGACCCAAUCUCUUGUCUUAUCAAGAGACGAUUUUUCUACAGAAAAAUCUCCUAUCGUUCCUUUCGACAUAAGGCAACACGAGAGAAUCUUUUGUCUAGGUGGUAAUACUGAAAAAUGUAUUGAUAACGAUUCUUUAAAUUACAGUUAUCUACACGUCAUCCACUACAACCGUUGAAUGAAAAGUUUCCUUCCUUUCAUAAUGAAAAUUCAUUUUGUAGUUUUUUAAAUAAGAUAUGAAAAUGAAAAUUCUCCAUAAACUAUUAUUGUUAAUCAAUUGGAGAAAUUUCUGCUACCGCAGUCGUCGGUUGAUUGGUCAAA